GCCCUCCCCGGCGGCGGUUGCUAGGCGGGUUGCUAGGGCCCGCCUACCGCGGCCGCCAGCCUGGGUAGGGCCGGCUGCCUGCGCGGCGGCGGGCAGGCCGCGGCGGUAACGGCCGCUAACGGCGGGCGCGGCGACAAGGAGGCGCCCCCCGUCCCCCCGCGGGCUGCCCGGGGUGCAGCGGAGCAGCCGGCGCCGUUUGACAGCCCGCAGCCGCGGCCCGCCCUCCGCCUCCGCACCUGGAGCGCUCCCGUCAGCACAUCGCCGCAUGCUGCCGUCGCCAGCCUUUUUGGGUAGAGCUUACUGAAGGCAGCAAUGGAACGAUUCGGAGUGAAGUCCGCUCCGUCACGUAACCGCUCGAAGACUGCUCUGUAUGUAACUCCUCAGGAUCGUGUAACUGAGUUUGGCAGCGAGCUUCAUGAGGAUGGAGGAAAACUCUUCUGUACUUCCUGCAACGUGGUUCUGAAUCACGUUCGCAAGUCUGCAAUCAACGACCACCUCAAGUCAAAAACGCACACAAAGCGGAAGGCGGAGUUUGAAGAACAGAACGUCAGGAAGAAGCAAAGGACUCUGACGGCCUCCCUUCAGUGCAACAGUACUGCCCAAACAGAGAAAACCAGCGUCAUUCAGGACUUUGUGAAAAUGUGCCUGGAAGCGAAUAUUCCGCUCGAGAAGGCCGAUCAUCCUUCUGUGCGAGCCUUCCUGUCUCGCUACGUCAAGAAUGGUAGUUCGAUACCUAAGUCAGACCAGCUAAGGAAAGCGUACCUGCCUGACGGGUAUGACAAUGAGAACCAACUCAUCAACACCGAAGAUCGUUGAGAAGACUGUUUUCAUCAUCGUUGUGAAGUUUUACAUAUUGAUGGUGUGGUUUAUUUUUAUAUUCAUGCAUAUAUACAGUGUUACAUAUUGGUUUUACAAGAUAUUUUGUAUUAUUGUAGAAAUGACAAUCUAUUUGUGAACUUAGCAGUAUGCCGCAGACUGUUGCUAACCCUGCAGUAGGCUUCAGAACUACGCUGACGUAGAACUCGUGUUGAAUGUAGGGAAGGUGCCUGGCAUACAUCCUGUCUACGUUCAGUCCAGCUGUAACCGACGCUGAGAAAAAGGCACUUGGAUGGAGGACCUCACUUACCUAAACCGUGCAUCUUAGCACGCAAGAAAGAGGACGCAGUAGCAAUUGUUAAUCAUGUCAGUGGAUUGCUUUGUCCAGUAUCCUGUCUGUGAGUGACCAAGAAGUGCUGCACAUUUGAAAUGCAAGAAGCUAUAAGAAUGGUUAGUUAAAAUAUAACUGAUCUGUUGGGGGAGGAUUAUUGUAAAUUCCUAGUCAAGUUGGCUUAUACUCUAAAGCAGGAAAUGUUUUUCUUCUAUAAUAUUCUUACUCUGUUUGAUGGAACUGCCGAUGCGUUCGUUAUCUAGCUUAUAUAGCCGUUCUCGUGUACUGACCUUUGAACUCCACUAUUCUCAUAAAGCCAGGAGUUUUGAAGGUU